AUGAAUCCUCUAUCAAAAAUACUCAAUGGCAAUGCAACAACUCCAUUGAUGCCUUCAACUGGCCCAAAAUCAAUACCUGCUGAUCGAAUAACUACAGUUCGCGAUAAAACCAGUGUAGAUACAUCGAAAUCACAACCAAUAACACCCUUACCGGUAGCUACAUCAUUCGGUGGCAUUACAUCACAACAAACACUAACACCAACCAAUAAUGAAAAAUCAACAUCUCCAAAUCACCGUUUACACUAUGAUCGUCAUGAACUUUUACGUAUACGUGAUAGUUCAGGACCAUUUACGAUACCGAAAAAUCUCCCUGAUCUUGAUAUUGUUAUCAUUCGACGUGAUGAUAAUGAUGCAAAAUCUAAUCGUGUUGGUAAACAAAGACAAGAAUUUAUCAAGCCUGCAUGUGAUCGACAAUUAUCAUCAACUAAUCAUCCACCAUUGACAUCUUCUCCAAAUCAUGUCAAUGUUGUAGCUGACUCAAAGCACAAAACAGGAACUUAUCGAUCAACUGAACUUGAUUUUGAUAAUCGUGUUCAAAAUCAAUAUACAUCAGUCGAUCAAUCGAAAACCGAGGCGAAUAAUAAACUCUUACGUUAUAUUAAAGCAAAAUUAAAUAAUAUGACGCAAGAAACAUUCGAUGCAACACUGCACAAACUUAAAGCUUUAUAA